CUGCAAGAACUUGGAGUAUCCCAAUCAGUGCUGCUCAUGGAGGUGCGCUGCUGAUAGUUCUUCAGUGGCCUCCAACAACAUUGAAAGGAAGUCAUAACAGCUACCUUUAUGCCACAAACUGUCACCAAAAUUUGUCCUGUGGUUGUCUCAACCUGGACCAGUAGAUUCUAUGUGUUUAGUACUUGUCCAAGCACUGUUUGAAUGUUUUGUGCUGGCAGCUCUCUUGACAUCAGUGAGCUGGCUAUUCCAUUCAUCACACACACUGUGAUGUUUUGUGGUGUUAAGAGCCCACUGCAAUAGCCUUUAAGCUUUAAGGGUUCUGGAUUACUGUGCCACCCCAUGUCACAAUGGAACAAUUUGUUGGGAUUGAUUCUCAGCUUGUCUGUGGUUAUGUAGAACAAAUUUGUCCAUGUUGUGUAGACACAUUAAACAAGAUACACAAGAGAGCAAGACGCAUUCAACAAACAUAUAUGAUUUGUGUCCUGGGAUGGUAAACAUCCAGCAGCAUGAAAUGAGACAAAAGAAAGAAAGUUACUGGGUUUGGUGCAAAGCAAUUCAGCACAACUAUGCAACAUACUGCAAUUCUCAUUUUCUAUCCUUGGAUUUAGGGCAUUGCACCCCUGUGUAAAGUGUUGCUUUAUUUAAGUUAUGAUUUGUGCAUGGUACACAAGAGGAGUAUGAAAGUUUUGGCUGAAUUUGGCAUCAUACCACAUUUGUCAAUUUCACCUUGACACAACAUCAACAAUUGUAAUCAACAGCAUGCCCAUGAUCACCAAUACCUAGCAAUGCUUCAUCAUAUUCAACCACUCAAUAAGCAGUUUACAAUGGCAAAUACUUUAUGGGGCUGAAGAAAAGAAAACUACUGUACUUAAGGUACAAGAAAAUGCACUGAAAAAUAAUGCUGCCCGUGCCGCAGGAUGGCGGCCCCCACAGACAGGCUACAGGUGCUGGAGCGGAUCGAGGGCGACAUCGCCGGCGUGUUGCAAACGGCCGCAAACGUGCUGCAGGAGCUGGCCAAGGACAAGGCCAGCAUCAAACAGGUGGAGAACCACUCGGCCCAGUUCCUGAAGGCGCUGAACGGCGUCGAGACGGAGCUGACGCGGCAGAUCAGCUACCUGACGCAGGUCUCCACCGGCCAGCCGCAUGAAGGCAGCAGCUACGCGUCGGGCAAGGUGCUGCACAUGGCCUGGCAUCGACUGCAGCACGCGCGCAACGAGGCGGCCAAGCUGGACGGCAAGCGCGGCCAUGCGGCGCGACAGGGGCCGCUGCAGGCGCCGCCGCCACCGCCGCCCCCGCCGCCGUACCAGGCGCCGCCGGGCGCGCUGCAGCAGGCCGGCUCGCAGCCGCCGCCGGGCUACGGUCAGCAGCCUGCCGCACAGUGACGGGUUGGGACCGGACUGCGAGGGACAGUGACGGAAUCAGGCCCGGACUGCGAGGGACAGUGACGGAAUCAGGCCCGGCCGGUGGGCGGUCGGGACUCGUAGGUCGAUCGCCACUGGCGGGCGAAGGCUGGCCUGUCCGCCUGCGAGGCGGUGUGGUUAUCCCGGUACGGCAGGACGGCAGAUCUGGGCCGAGCCGUCCUCCACGGAGGCGGGCGCAGCUCGCGGACAGAACAAGGCAGUGGGAGCAUCACGUGCGACAGGCAGCGGGCGCAAGGGCCUGUGUCGUUCACAUUCGGCCGCGUGCGCCGCCGCGGCGCCGUCCAACUUCCACCGGCCGCCGGCGGCCGUCGCAGACCAUCGACGAGUCGUUCGUGAUUUAUUCUUUGGGAUAAAUAAACAGUACAUAACACA